UGGACGUAUUUAAUUUUCACAACCUCCAAGCCAACCUCCCCAAAUAUUCUUUACUUUCUUCCCAAUGCUCUCUCUUUUCUCUUUUUUCUCUCAAACCCUAAGACAUUAAAAUUUCACCUUCAGAAGAAUAUAUGCAAAUGGGGUUCUUGCUAAAACUCUAAGUAAAGAGAUCUUCCCACUUACCACAAAACCCAGAUUCAGCUCCAACCCAUUUCUAGCCAUGGCUGCAUUAUCCAUUUCCAGUAACUUUUCAGCUUUUUUUCUCAUCACCAUUUUCUUCUAUGGAACUUCUUCUGCGGGCUCAACUUCCUCAUUUUCCUUCCCACAGUUUGCUAAAGAUCUUAAAUUUGAGUCCCGCGUUGCUUUCUAUGGAGAUUCAAAGGUCGUCAAUGGCGGGUCUGCCGUUCAACUCACAAGUUCCGGGAGAGUCAUCUAUAAGAAACCCAUUAAGCUUGUUGAAGGUAAGCCUCAGAAAUUGGUCUCCUUUUCGACCAACUUUUCAUUCUCUCUUUCCCAAGGAGAUGGGAAUGGUUUGGCCUUUGUUAUGCUUCCAAGUGAUUUUGAUGUCAACAAGUUCUAUAAUGGCUCAUUUGGGCAUGUCCCAAUGGGAUUGGAAAAGGGCAAAUUUAAGAUUGUUAAAGUUAAGUUUAGUACUGUGAAUGAUGUUAAGAAUAAUGGUUUGGUGAAAAUACAUGCGGGAAUUGAUGUGGAUGGUUUGGUACCAACAAAAGUGAGAAAUGCUUCAACCAUAGAUUUGGCUCUAAAUAAUGGGAAAAAGUCAUAUGCUUGGGUUGACUAUGAAGCUGGCUCAAAAAGAUUGGAAGUUCGGUUGAGCCAGUCUGGUUAUGUCAAACCAUCUGACCCUUUAUUUUGGUACCCAAUUGACUUGUCCAGAAUGUGGGGAAAUGAGGAAGCUUUGGUGGGUUUCUUUAGUUUUUCAAAUUCAAGCUCUUCUCAAUCGUGUUUAAUCUACUCUUGGAGCUUUUUGCAAAGACAUGUUCCCCAAUGGAUGCAUUCUGAGCCGUUGGAUCCAAAGGCCUUUGGUGAGAACUCAAAGCCUGUCAAAGGUGAGAAGAGGAAAGAUUGCUUUACUAAAGUUCUUGCUUCUUUGAUUUUUGGGGUUGCUUGUGGAGCUUUAAUGGCGUUCACAGUGUUGUAUUUGUGGACCAUAUUUGGUACUAAACGUCCUGUAGUGCCAGAAGAGUAUGUUGGGAAACCUGUGGAUUUUGAGUACGAGAAAGUCAAAGUAGUUGUAGAUAAUAAGACCAUCGAAGAUGGUAAGCAGUAGAGAUGGAUGUCUGGUGAUGGGAGAGAUCUAUUAUUUAUUAUGCUUUUUUUUUUUUUGGUGCUGUAAA